GGUAAAUAUGAGGUUCCUGGAAACAGUAUCACUCCUUUCUCUUCUCUUAAAUCACAGCCACAGAAACAAAGAAAGCAAGGCUUCCAAAGAUUGACCUCAGGGUGGUAGGAAAGGGAGGAAGAAGAAAAGAAAGAUAAAAGGAGUGAGGGAGGAAGAGCUUAAGAAAGCUCUUUAGAGUUUUCAGGAAUGAAUAAAUCUGGUGUUUUUCAAGGCUCUCUUUUGCAGCAGCAGAUGGUGGGAGGAAGCCCUUCAUGGUGGAGCAUGAACCAUCUAAGACCUAAUAAUGGAGAAACCUCUCCUCUUCUCCACCCUCAUGCUCUCCAACAACAUCUCCAGCCCUCCAAUUCUCUUUCCUUGAACUCUUUGUAUGAGAGCCAAGAACUUCCACAAUCAUGGAGCCAACUGUUGCUUGGGGGGUUAGUGGGCGAAGAAGAAAGGUACGGCCUUGGUACUCCUUUUAAGAAAACAUUGAAUUGGGAAGAGCAACUCAUGCACCAAUCACAAGGAGCUUAUACUAUUGAUGUCAAGCAAGAGAACUCAGAGAGUUUGUACAGCCAUGGAAGCACCAGUGAAGAAAUCCAGCUUGCUACAGCCAGUAGAGCUUCUUGGAGUCAGAUUCUACCAGUCUCUUCUCCCAGAUCCUGUGUCACCUCAAGUUUGAGCUCCAAUAUGUUAGAUUUCUCCAACAGCAAGGCUGAAAGAAAGCAUCUUCCUCCAGAUCACUCAUCUGAGUGCAAUAGCAUAGAAACAGGUGCUGUUUCAAAGAAAGCAAGGGUUCAUGGCUCCUCAUCAUCACAGUCCACUACUUUCAAGGUGAGGAAGGAAAAACUUGGGGAUAGAAUAACAGCACUGCACCAAUUGGUUUCCCCAUUUGGAAAGACUGACACAGCUUCUGUGUUGCUUGAAGCCAUUGGAUAUAUCAGAUUCCUGCAGAGUCAAAUUGAGGCUCUAAGCUCCCCGUACUUGAAUAUUGCAUCAAGGAAAACAAGACUACCUGCACAGGGAGAAAGGAGUUGUAUAUUUCCAGAAGACCCUGGUCAAUUGUUGAAUGAUAAUUGCAUGAAGAGAGGUCCAGUUGAUCAGGACGGCAAUGUUGAGAUAAAAAAGGAUUUAAGGAGUAGGGGACUGUGCCUGGUUCCAGUAUCAUGUACAUUACAUGUUGGCAGCGAUGAUGGAGUUGAUUACUGGUCUCCAUCAAUCGGUGGAUGCUUUCGAUAGGCUCAACUUGGACUUCAAAAGAGUUGAAUUAAUGGUGGAUAUAUCAUCAAGAGCAGUCACUCUGUUGGAGAAGAAGAAGAAGAUUGACUGCUCUUGAUGCUAUGCACAAGUUAUUUAAGAAUCUUAGGGGGGGGUGGGGGUGAUGAGGAAGCUAAAAUGAUGUAUCAGCUUAUCACACUUUUGAUUUGAAGAUAUGUACUUCUUUUGUAAGAAACAUUUUAUUUACUUUUAAUGAAUGCCACUUAUAUGUACAA